UGCCUCCUACCGGCUGUCGGCGGCGCUUCGCUGCUCGCGGCUCCCCCGCUGUGGGGUUUUGCAACUGGCAGCUGGCUUUUUUUUUUUCUCCCCUCCCGUUUCUGUCUCUCCUUCUUCUUUUAGGUUGCUCCACCCCGCCCAGGAUCAGGCGAGGGGGGAACCGGCUGGGCUGCGGCUGCCAACUCGCGCCGAGCGCGUCUGCGAACUCCCGGAGUGGAGUCCUGCGUGCUGCCUCCUCCCAGCUGGGCGCGUUCUCCCCACGACCCGGGCCCCGAGGCCUCCACGCGCAACCCUUCCCCACUUUCCCCCGUUUUGCAAUCACAUGGCAUUUUAAGAAUGCCGGAAAGAUGGCGGUAGCGGCGGCAGCGGCGGCGGGGCCGGCCGGUGGGGGCGGCGGCCGGGCGCAGCGGAGCGGGCUGCUGGAAGUUUUGGUGCGGGAUCGCUGGCACAAAGUUCUGGUGAACUUGAGCGAGGACGCCCUGGUGCUGAGCUGCGAGGAGGGCGCUGCGGCGUACAACGGCAUUGGAACCACCACCAAUGGCACCUUCUGCAGGGGCACCGGGCACCCGGGCGCGGGCAGCGCGCAGCCCCCGGACUCGCCGGCUGGAGUGCGCACCGCCUUCACCGACCUGCCGGAGCAGGUGCCCGAGUCCAUCUCGAACCAGAAGCGUGGCGUGAAGGUGCUGAAGCAGGAGCUCGGCGGGCUGGGCAUCAGCAUUAAGGGGGGCAAGGAGAACAAGAUGCCCAUCCUCAUCAGCAAGAUCUUCAAGGGGCUAGCGGCGGAUCAGACCCAAGCCCUGUACGUGGGCGACGCCAUCCUGUCGGUGAACGGAGCCGACCUGCGCGACGCCACCCACGACGAGGCUGUGCAGGCGCUGAAGCGCGCAGGCAAGGAGGUGCUGCUGGAAGUGAAGUACAUGCGAGAAGCCACACCCUACGUGAAGAAAGGCUCCCCGGUGUCCGAGAUCGGGUGGGAGACGCCGCCGCCUGAAUCCCCUCGGUUAGGGGGCGGCUCCUCGGAGGCUCUGUCAUCCUCGUCGUCAUCGUCCCAGUCCUUCGCCUUCCACAGAGAUCGGAAGAGCAUCCCCCUCAAGAUGUGCUACGUCACUCGGAGCGUGGCCCUGGCCGACCCCGAGAGCAGGCAGCUUGAAAUCCACUCUCCAGAUGCGAAGCACACGGUGAUCCUGAGGAGCAAGGACUCAGCCACCGCCCAGGCCUGGUUCAGUGCCAUCCAUUCCAACGUCAGUGACCUGCUCACCCGAGUGAUUGCCGAGGUCAGAGAGCAGCUGGGGAAGACAGGCAUUGCCGGGAGCCGAGAGAUCAGACAUCUUGGCUGGCUCGCAGAGAAGGUGCCCGGGGAGAGCGAGAGGCAGUGGAAGCCGGUCCUGGUUGUACUGACCGAGAAGGACCUUUUAAUCUACGACAGCAUGCCUCGGCGGAAGGAAGCCUGGUUCAACCCCGUUCACGCGUACCCUCUCAUCGCCACCAGGCUGGUCCACUCAGGGCCAGGGAAAGGAUCGCCCCAGGCUGGUGUGGAUCUGUCCUUCGCAACACGGACGGGUACCAGACAGGGGAUCGAAACCCAUCUCUUCAGGGCUGAACUCAGCAGGGAGCUCUCCCACUGGACAAGGAGCAUAGUGCAGGGUUGCCACGACUCAGCGGAACUCACUGCCCAAGUCACCACAGCUUGCACCUACAAAAACCAGGACUGCCGCCUGACCAUUCAUUAUGACAAUGGGUUUUCUGUUACCACCGAACCACAGGAGGGCGCCUUUCCCAAGACGAUCAUUCAGGCUCCGUACGAAAAGUUGAAAAUGUCUUCAGAUGAUGGAAUCAGGAUGCUGUAUUUAGAUUUUGGAGGCAAAGAUGGAGAGAUUUCGCUGGACCUUCAUUCCUGCCCCAAGCCAAUUGUUUUCAUCAUCCAUUCCUUCCUGUCGGCUAAAAUCACAAGACUGGGCUUGGUGGCCUGAACACAGCAGCGACCUGCCUUUUGAGAGGAGGGCUGGCUGUGACACCCCCAGGAAGUGUGCCAUCAGAUGUCGCAUGCCAGUCAGCUCUCCAUCCCAAGAGUCCUUCGUAACUGUCCCGCAACUCUCCUGCCGGUUUCACCAACUACAAGGGGGCGGCCUGGGAGAAGGCACCACCGGGAACAUCAGAAUAAAACUGAAUGGGUAAGCAGGAGGGGGCGACUGGAAAUACACAGCAUAGCCUUUGACAAUCAAGACUUGAACAGUAGAACAGCAUGUGCAGAUCUCAGUCAUACCAGUUUCUAGGCAACUGGUUCACCCAGGUAAGUAAGGGCUGAAUAGCAAGAUGAGAAAUGGACCCUUUCACCUCUCUCCUCCCCAGGCACCACCUCCUGUUUAUUGUGAUUUAUUUCCCACUUCUGGGUUGACUUGCCCUGGUAAGGAGAGAAAAGUACUUUAAAUUGAAACCCCACCUUUUAUUUAAGAUGAAACAGCUGUUACUUUUUUUUUAAAGGAAUUAUUGUUCAGUGACGUACAAAGACUCUGAAGUAUUCUCAUUAGCAUAUGCUGAGCAGGAAUUAAAGAAAGCCUCAGAUAAUGAUCUGAGCUAUAUAAGCUGGUGGAAUCUGAGCCAAAGCAGACUGCCUAAAUUGCAAAGCUCCGCUGAAGAGGGGUGUGCAUGAAGGAUGCUGAACUCUGGGCUGUACUCCCAGCAAAGCCUGCUAUGGGGGAGCCAAGACUGAUAGCUUUAUUUACAGAAAGCAAAGUAUGGGUAUUUUUUUAAAGAUUGUCAUUUGACAUAUGCACACAACUCGUGUGGGGUUAACUAAUUAUCCCCAUUUUCUGGUUUUCAGUGGAAGCACUGAGCAAUUUAUUGACCCUUGUUUCUGCCUGUGCUUGUAUGCAUGCAUUUUCGAACCAGUAAUAGAGCAGCGUCAUGUAAUCGUGGAUGAUAUUGGGUUUUAGAUAUAGACCCGGCAUUAUAAUCAAAUCUACUGACAGCAUCCACAGUCUUUUGGAAUUCCAGGGAAAGAAUAUAAUGACCUGAUAUUUUUCUACAAGAGUAUUUUCAGACACCACAUAGCAUAUUAGUGAUUCAAUGCUUUUAUCUUUCAAAACAAAUUCAUUAAAAAUACACUUAAUAUUUGAUUUAGGAGUCACUUUCCACAAACCUUGAACAUUAGCACUAGAAUUUCAUAGGCAUUUGUAACCCUUCUUUUCCCGUAUAAUUUACAUAGACAAAUAUUGGGGGUUAGAUUUAGGCGUUUUUUCAGAAUCGUGUUUGGCAAAGAGCUUUACAAAAUGGAGACCGUGUUAAAGGAAUGUGAUUUCACUCACGCAGACAUAAGUGUUUACUGAGUUGCAAAGUUUUAUUUUAGAUCAGUGUUUCCCAAAGCAUGUAUCCUGUAACACUGGUCCCAAGGGGCAUUGAGUGGUGUUUUGUGCAGAUGGAAGUUAAGAGGUUAGUAAUCAAAAAUGUUUGUUAAAUACCAAGUUAGGAAAAGUUAAACACGUUUCACAACUGCAGGCCUCCUUGGAGACCUGAAUGUACCCUGUGGCUCUCCAAGCGGGGGACCCCUCGGGGCCAUUCCCUACAUUCACCCACACAACAACUUUCUAACAGAGGAGCUUGUGAAGUUAGUGUUAAAAAAACACAAAACCACAACUUUGGAAAACACAGCUUUAGGCCGUCGUUAGGCCGUCGAUUUUGUUAUUUUGUUUGUCUGUUUCCUAUUUUAAAAUGUCGGAGAGUGAAGUCCCAGCUGACUAUGGUAAUGAAAGCUUUGAUGCGUUUGUGAAUUGUACUGCACUCUUUCAUUAUAUAUUUUCAAAAUCACUGGAAUGUUGUUAUACAAGAGAAUUAUACUCGUGAUUGUAAAUGACAUAAUAAAACACAUAUAUUAAUGCCAACAGUUUAAUUGAACAAUAUGUAAUCUAAGGUGCUCAGUAGGACAUGAAGUAUGAAUUAAUUACUCAUAAUUAAAUUGCAAAGAUCCUAUUAUAUAUUUAUAGACAACAUGAUCAUAAUUGCAAGUAUUAUUUCUUCAUCACUUAAGUUUUGGACUGAUUACUAUCUGGGUGGGGAUCAAGAGAAAUGACAUUCUCUGCAUUUAUAAAAACUUAAUUUAAAUAUUUAUAUUUUAGAAAAAAUAUAUUUGAAUAAAAUUAAUGCAUUUUCUGAAUUAAAAUGUGUUACUAGCAAGAAAUAGAAAAUUUUACUAAGAGAACUGUAUAUAUGAAUCAUUUUAUUUUCUUCCAAGUUACUGUAUCAUAUCAGAGUGGCUAUGACGAAUCAAUUGCAAACCCUCAAUUUUUUUCUCAUUUUGAAUUUAACAAGUUACAAUGGCUUUACCGUGUGGAUCUUAAUCUUGUCGUGAUGCGUGUUAGGAAUGUUGUGAAUGACGCAAACUCCUAUGUCUCGAUCACGCCUGGUAUCACCCAUGAAUCAUCUGAGUCAUUCUGGGUAAUUUGUUUCUGCCUGAUCCACUUUGUGCUCAGUCCGGUCCUUACACGAGUCAAUGAAUUAUUAAAUCUGCAACGUUUGUCCCUUUAAGGGCAACCUGACAGAAGAGAAUGAUGUGUGACUGUAUGUACUUAGUGGGAAACUCCCCACUUGUUAGAGACGAGCUUAGGUGAGCUCUUUGCUGGGUGGCACAUCUUCGAGCCAAGCCACGGGGAUUCAAAAAGGCCAAUGGUGACAUAGUCACUUAUCCCUGUUUUCUGAUUGGAACUAGGUUCGAUGAACAAAACCAUACACCUAUUGAAAAACAUCCAGGCAGAGGCAUUUAAUUAAUUCUAUCAGCUGAUGGAAUGAAAAGGCUGAAAGACACACGCUCCUUUGUUUAAGCUUGUUGGCCUCUCUUGGCUGAAACAGAAGCCCUCCUCUAAAAUCCCUGUGCCAGGGUCUCUCCAGCCCUUGCUUUACAGAUACUCGAUGUCCUAUCUUGAGGGGAUUGGAGGGGGUGGGGUGAGGGAGUAAUUUUGGAAUGUACCUUGAGUCAAAAAAAAAAUGUGCCUAUGUUUAUAGCACCAUGGAUACCAUGUAAAAUUUAUAUGAGAGUUAAAUAAAUAAAUAUUCACCUCUGAGUACGGCAGACUGGCUGGUGGUUUCGUGAUGGCCGCGGGAGGACAGGGGCGUGUGCAGACACAGCCUGCUGCUCUCUUCCUACAGACUGGCCGUUAGAAGGUGCUAGUGGGAAAAGGGGGUGCCCGUGGCAAUUUUUUUUAGCUGUAUAUAGUU